AUGCUGGCUGUGUCAGUAUCACUAUAUAUGUGCAGUUGCCUGCUGGGCCUGGUUAUAUCCUUCUUUCUCAAUUACGGAGUGCCCAGGAUGGAAACUGCUCUACCCUUUCUGGAAGACAGAGUGUGGCUGUGCUUCACAGAGUUGUGGCUGGAGACAGAAGCGGCAGCCUCCGUAGGCUGUUUGUAGCCAGCCUGGGGGUGAAAAGGAAAGUCUUUCAUGCUCCUAAAGGCACAGGAAGAUGGAAGGACGGAGGGUAGGCCAAGCCCUCAGGCUCUUCCGAAACCGGUUACCUGGACUCCGAGCAGGAACCCCCCAGGACAAUGCAGGAGAAGCUACCAAGGAAACAGAAAGGACCCAGGACCAUUCUCUAUCCAGCUUUGCUGGGGGACAGCACUUCUUUGAAUACCUUCUAGUGGUUUCUCUGAAAAAAAAGCAUUCAGGGGAUGACUAUGAGCCCACCAUUACCUACCAGUUUCCUAAGCGAGAGAACCUGCUUCGGGGUCAGCAGGAGGAGGAAGAGCGACUGCUCAAAGCCAUCCCUUUGUUCUGUUUCCCAGAUGGGAAUGAGUGGGCACCACUCACCGAGUAUCCCAGGGAGACCUUCUCCUUUGUCCUGACCAACGUGGAUGGGAGCAGGAAGAUUGGCUACUGCCGGCGCCUCUUGCCCACAGGCCCUGGUCCUCGCCUUCCCAAAGUGUACUGCAUCAUCAGCUGCACCGGCUCCUUCGGCUUGUUUGCCAAGAUCCUGGAUGAAGUGGAGAAGAGGCAUCAGAUCUCUAUGGCCGUCAUCUACCCGUUCAUGCAGGGCCUCCGAGAGGCUGCCUUCCCUGCGCCUGGAAAGACUGUUACCCUCAAGAGCUUUAUCCCUGACUCAGGCACAGAGUUCAUCUCACUGACUCGGCCCCUGGAUUCCCACCUUGAACAUGUGGAUUUUAGUUCUCUGUUGGACUGCCUCAGUUUUGAGCAGAUUAUUCAGAUCUUCGCUUCUGCUGUGCUGGAGAGAAAAAUCAUCUUCCUGGCAGAAGGUCUCAGCACUCUGUCUCAGUGCAUCCAUGCUGCUGCUGCGCUGCUCUACCCCUUCAGCUGGGCACACACCUACAUCCCUGUCGUCCCAGAGAGUCUUCUGGCCACUGUCUGCUGCCCUACCCCCUUCAUGGUUGGAGUACAAAUGCGCUUCCGGCAGGAGGUGAUGGACAGCCCCAUGGAAGAGGUGCUGCUGGUGGAUCUUUGUGAAGGAGUCUUCUUAUUGUCGGUUGGUGAUGAAAAAGACAUCUUACCGCCGAAGCUUCAGGAUGACAUCUUAGCCUCUCUUGGCCAGGGGAUCAAUGAGUUAAAGACUUCAGAACAAAUCAACGAACAUGUUUCAGGCCCUUUUGUGCAGUUUUUUGUCAAAACUGUUGGUCACUAUGCUUCCUAUAUCAAGCGGGAGACCAAUGGGCAAGGCCACUUCCAAGAACGGGCCUUCUAUAAGGCUCUGAAUUCCAAGACAAACCGGCGAUUUGUGAAGAAGUUUGUGAAGACUCAGCUCUUCUCUCUUUUCAUUCAGGAAGCUGAGAAGAGCAGGCAUCCUCCUGCAGGUUAUUUCCAACAGAAAAUACUUGAAUAUGAAGAACGAAAGAAACAGAAGAAACCCAGGGAAAAGACUGUGAAAUAACAGCGAUGGGGAGGAAGACAAGCUAGACCCGCAGGCUUGUUCAGCACUUUGGCACUGCCAGUGUGGUAGGAUGGUGGAGCUCUCAGCCCCAGAACCCACAGCCUCCUUCCGAGUCCUGGUGACCAGUUCUUGCUGGAACCUGGUGUGUAUUUUGGGAUCUUUGUUGACAGCUUUGGAAGGACUUUGAAGGCCUGACCUCAAGUUCACAAAACUGGACUAAAGCUGCUUUAUUUUUUAUUUUUGCAGAGGUGACAGUGAGAAACAGUAGUGCAGGUGUUGUAGGUGCUUGGUUAGAAGCUGCUACAACUGCCAUCUCCUAGGAACCACUAUUAAGAAAUUCUCAACAGAAAAAGCUGUUGGAGCCCAAAGGCUUCAAAAGCCAUAGACAUUCAAGGUGAUAAUAAAGAUGAAAAUUUUAUUGUUU